AUGUCUCGUCUAAAGGCACCUCCGGAAUUUGAAAUGCCCUCUGACUUCAUGCGGUCUUUUACUCCUAAAACCGGUGUUGGCAACAGAGAAGAGCUCGUAAUUGAAAAUAUCAGGCAGAUUCCUGUGUACGAAUCUGGAAAUCUUUCCCAAUAUCGCUACAGAAGAUUCAACAAUACAGAUUACGUGCUUGGAAAAUCGACACACCACGUAGUUAUCAACAUUGUGAAAGACUUCCAAGAGCAACAUUUUGGUUUUAAUGCGGAUGACGCCAUUCUUAACUUCUCCACAGAUUAUUCCACCGCUGUAAAGGAUGUUACUACUUUCACAAGAUUCGUGAAGAAUUUGGAAUAUUUUUAUGUAGCGAUUCUGACAGAAAACCAGAAAACAAGCUUGAUCAACACUUACGAAAUAGUUGGGAACAAAGCUGUUUUAGUAGCAGUAAUAGAUAUAGGAAUGAGCCUGUCGACAGGAGCAAGCGUAGCAAUAAAAGUUUCUCAUGUCCAGUCGCAGUUUGGAGGAUCUCUCGUUGUACUCAUAAAAUCAACUGAUGUUAGCCAAAUAAUUUAUCGGCGUCAUGGGAGCAGUGAAUUAAAUCAUUACAUUGAAGUUCACUUUCCUUAUGCUAUGGACUUGGAAACUUUCUUGAUUCACGGAAGUGGUUAUGUUGCAGUGUGUAGUCACAAUGUUGUUGAAGUUUACAAAAUGGACCAAUUUGCUCAGACGCACCUACUGUUCGACAGGUUGAGCUUUGCCAUGGGUACUGUUACUGAUUUGGGAUACUUCAGGCUUGGAUUUACCCAUUAUUUGGUUGUUGCUGCGGACACGGAACAGAGCUUGUACAGCUGGACCCCUGCAGAAUUCUCCCUGAAACAAAUAUUUCCGUUAACUGCAGUAAAACAAGUCUAUGCCGCUGUUCUAUCCACGUGUCGAGAUGAUGUCCUUCUGCUGUUCAUUGGAGACAAAAUAGAUCUUUAUAUUUACAGUGGAGUUGGGGAAAAUUUCGUUCCUGCUCAAUCUGGAUUUCCGCCCAGUUUCACAGCUCAGCCCGGUUCAGCGACUUCGUUCGCCUACAAGAGUAAGGUAGUUCUCGUGUUUUCUGACAUGAGGUCCAACAUGCUGGCGUUCAUCGUUGAGACAAGUUUCAAAGAAAUAGAAGAUCCUAUUCUGUCUGCUGGUGAAGAAAUGACAAAGAUAAUGAAAGAUAUCAAAGCACGCAUUGACAGUCAAGCCGAGCAAGUAAAAACCAUCAAAGAAGUGUUGGCGAAUGCAGUUCGUUCCAAAGGAGACCAGGUAAUUACAGCCUUCCAGACAUUCGAUAACGUAGUAGUAUCAGAUAGCAUAGAGAUUAGUGAAGUUGUAGAACCAACUGUUGUUGAAUGGGAAGGUUCGAAUCUUACAAUGGAAGAGUAUAAGAAGGGUACCGAAAGACUGGAGAAGGAGAUAGAAGACCUGGAGCAAUUGAUAACCGAAAUCGAAAGAAUUAUUCCAGACGUCGUUCGCGUGGACCAGCCGUCGGUUGUCACUGGACGAAAAAUAUUCGCUGGAGAUAUCAGAGGACCAUCCAUUGUUGCCGUAUCUUUAAAUUUGGAUUCAGCAGCAGGGGUAAACUUGAAGGAAAUUCAGAAGGAUCUUUACAGAUUGGAUAAACCAAAUCAAAUAAAGGGAAUACUCUCCUUUGAGCAACCAUUGACGGUUUUAGGAAACUUGGAUGUUGAGGGAACUGUGAAUGGAAUUGAUAUCAGUGAAGAUGUAAUGACUACCAACACGAAGCAAACAUCAACAGCUGAUAUGACAUUCCUUAACAAGGUAAUUAUAAAUGGAAAUCUGGACAUCGAAGGAAAACUGAACGGAAUCGACAUUGGAAAAGAAGUUGUGACUCUUCACGGAAACCAUCGCAUCACUGGGACUAAGAGCUUCUUAAAUGGAAUAAUUGCCGACCAAAUAGACACGAAACUACUGGAUGGAAUUGAUCUAGACUAUUUGAAAGCAAAUGCUUUUACAGUGAGUGGGAAUCAAACGGUUCCGGGACUGAAAACCUUUACUGGAGGCGUUGUAGCAAAUGACAUAACGUUGCUUGGCAAACUGAAUGGUUUUGACGUAACUGAAUUGGCGAAUAGUGUAGUAAGAGUUGACCAACCUGCCGUUAUUACAGGUCACAAGACUUUCUCAGAUGACGUAAUUAUAGAUGGAGAUCUAAAUGUAAUGGGUAAAAUAAAUGGUUUAAAGUUACCCGAAGACUUAUUCCUGACAGAUGUGUCACAAGUUGUUUCGGGCCCAAAAUCUUUCCUAGGUACAGUCACCGCUUAUGACGUGUCAGUAAGUGGUAAAGUGGAUGGUCUAAGUAUUCCUGAUGACAUAGUGACUCUUUCAAAAGAUGAAACAAUUUCUAGCACUCUGUAUUUCAUGGAUGGCAUCAGUGUCGAGAAAAAUAUCAUCGUUGAAAACUUAGUUGAUGGAGUAGACAUAUCUGAAGUUGCCAAGGAAGCAUUAAAAAUAAACGAGACAAACCAGUUUAAGGACGCAGUGUUCUUUGGACCAGUAACCAUCAAUGGAGACCUAGACGUUGGAGGCUUGGUUAAUAAAGUAAAUUUGCAGGAAACCGUGCGAGACAUUGUUUAUAAAGAUGAAUAUCCGAUUGUUAUUAAGUCUGAGAAAUACUUCCAGCAAGUUGCAGCCGAUAGUGUGAAAGUGCAAAGUUUCAUAAACGGAUUCAACAUCGAGAAAGACUUUAUGCGUGUCCAUGGAGAUCAAAUAAUCAAUGGCACAAAGAUUUUCAAAAAGCCUGUUAUCUUCAACACAGUUUUUAUUGAAAACGAUGCAAUCAGUGGCAUUAACAUUAAAAGACUGUAUGAAGAUCAGAUAGCUUUGGCAUUUCCGGAUAAAAUAGACAACGAUGUAGAAUUUACAGAUAGUGUCGUCGUCGAAGGAGAUUUGAUAGUUCAUGGAACUGUAAAUGGACUAAAAAUACCUGAAGAUGUAGUCCUAAGGAAUUCCAGACAUUCUCAGAUUAUUGAAAAUAAGGUCUUCCAAAAAUAUGUAAAAGUAGAUAAUCUUAUCGUGGAUGGCGACAUGGAAGUUAGUGGAACGUUUGGAAACAUCGACUUGCGGCAGUUUUACCGAGACAGGAUUACUUUAUCAGGAGAUCAAGAGAUUGAUGGAGACAUAUCGCUAGGCAACUCAAAAGCAUCAAAAGUCUGGAUAUCUGGUUUGGUCAACGGAAUCAACUUCCUGGAAUUUUCCAAUAACGUCAUGUCAAAAACGAAAGAUCAAGUUGUGACAGCGCAAAAGAUAUUUUCAGGUCGAACCAUGGUUAAUGGCCCCAUCACCACUCAGAAUGGAGUGAACGGUGUAAAUCUUGCUGAACUCAAACAAAGAGCCUUCAAACUUCACGAAGAUAAUGUUGUAACCGCACAGUUGGAGUUUUCUGACAUUAGCAUCGGCAAUUUGAUGGUCAGCGAAUUCAUUAACGGUGUCAAUCUCACACAUCUUUAUCACGACAGUCUUAAAAAGUAUGACUCGGACAUCCAGUACGUUACUGGGAUCACUAGCUUCGAUGCAGGAUUUCACGUAGAUGGAGAUAUAAUGGCAGAUACUGUCAAUGACAUGGUUUUGACUAGAGAUGUGCUACUCAAAUCUGUUCCACAGGAUAUCACAGGUCAAUUCACUUUAGGUAGUGUUGGCAUCGGUGGAAAUCUUGAAGUGGAAGGAUUAAUAAACGGUAUGGACCUUUCAGAAAUCGCACCACAGUUAGCUAGGACAGAUGAAGAGUAUGUGAUUGAAUCUAACAUCACAUUUGCCAGACCCAUAAAAGUGCUUCAGAACGUUGAAGUCUCCGGUCUCGUUAAUGGAGUUAACCUCAAAGAGCUCUUUGAUAAUGUUCUGCUAAAAAGCGGGGAUCAAUUUAUACCAGGAAGUAAGACCUUUAGAGGAAACAUAACAAUUCGAGGAGAUUUGGACGUUGAAACUGUGAAUGGAGUUCCGUGGAAAGAGUUUGUGGAAGAUAUAGUCGUCAUCGAUAAGCCUCAAAGAAUACAAGCUCCGAAGACGUUUACGGAUGUCGAAGUACGUGGUGAUAUAUUUGUUGCCGAAUCAGCACAAGUUGGAACCAUAAAUGGGCAAGAUUUGUCGACAUUCAUCAAUGACGUUGUCUUUACAGACGUACCUGCUAAUAUUACAGGUCCCAUAGUCUUCAAAGAAGCUGUGGAAAUAGCUGGAAAUAUGGAUGCGAUCCUUAUCAAUGGUCUGAGACUGAAAACUGAUGUCGUCACGAUUGAAUGCAACGAUGAAGGUCCACAAGUAAUAAAGGGACAAAAAACAUUCCACAAUUUGGCCUCAUAUGGUGACAUUAUAGUUGAAAAUGUAAACUCGUAUGACCUACAAGAACUUUAUUUCGACACGCUACUUAUAGAUGGAAAUCAAAACGUUACUGGCAGAAAGAAACUAAUGGGAGAAGUCGUCUUCCAAGCAGAUGUUCAUCCUACUACAGUGAACGGGAUAGUUCUUCGGAAUGAACUUGUUACCUUAAAUACAGAUCAAGAAAUAGCAGGUCCAUUAACAUUUGAAGACGAUGUCUUCAUAAAAAAUGAUAUCAACAUUGGAGGUUUAUUGAAUGGAAUAGAUCUUAAGCAGUUGGAAAAGGAGGCAGUCUACCUUGAUAGAGAACAAGUCAUCGAUGGUAGUUACACUAUUCAAAAUGCUAUUGCCCAUUCGGAUGUAGCAGUACAAGGAACUGUCAAUGGUUUAGAUUUGGUAGCUUUGGAUAGGAACAUUACUGAUUUUUGGAACCAUGCAGCACAAUCGAUUGCAGAAAUGGAAAAGCAUUCUGAAGACAGCUGUGAACUAGCUAAUUAUUUGCAAGAACAUUUAAAAAAGACUUACUUGGUACUGGAUGGCUUUGUUACUCAUCAAAAGAUCGAGUCUUCAGCGAGUUUCCUUCACGUAACCUCCCCAAAAGAAAUCUCGCUGAUUUAUAUCGAGGGUUCUAACGUACCUGCGUAUACUGUCAAAAGUACUUGGGACGCCAGCGCGAAAGCCUUUAUCCCGUCAAGCACACAAGCGACGUCAAUUGCCAGAACUAUCAGCCUCUCAGACGAUAAAGUGAAAAUAGAAGUUCACAUUGGAGUUAAUAGCAAAGAUUCGUUUGUGUCCCUGAACGGUGCCACUGAUCGUCUUCCUGGAGGCUUCAAAGAAAGCUCUGUCCUGAAAAAAGACGACGAAGCAAUAAUUGCUCUUCUAUUUCCCUCCAGAGGUGUCUGCGACACUUAUAAAAUCACCGGACUUUCUGCAUCGUAUUUGAAUCCAGUAGUUGAGAAUUACGGCUCCAUAAAAGUCGGAAAAGAAGCUACUUUUAUAACGAUGUUCGAAAUUUCUGGAGCAAUCUACAUGGCAGUAUCGAGCUUACAUUUACCUCCCUACAGAAAAGCAUUUUCGCAAAUUUAUGCACGAGCGAAUGAAAACUGGUCACGCUUGCAAAGUAUCGGAGCAGCUUCAAGCCCAUUUGUUAAGCAUUUCUUGUUCCACAAUUACCACUACCUGGCAUUCAUCAAUAACGCACCUGUUUAUGAAACAAGGGAGCCGAAAUCCAUCCAGGUUUACAGAAAUGCUGGACCCAACGAGAUGCUGUUCACAUUGUUUCAAAAAGUACCUUUCGAUGACGCUAAGGGCAUCGAAAUAUUCCAGUUUGGUGACCUGGCAGACCUGUACUUGACCGCAUGGAAUGAAACUGUCAUUAAAGUAUUCCGUCUUGAAGGCGAGGCUGGAAUGAGGAAAAGUAUUACGCUCUACGGAAGGUGCAUUCAGGAUGUCAAACCUUUGUUGAUAAACAAUGAAAUUUAUCUUGCUGUUGGACAGCAAAACUUGAAGACAAAUGAGAUAAUGCCAUCUGUUAUUUUCAAAGGAAUACUCAAAGGUUCUUUGUAUGUGCAACACAAUUUCACUUAUUGUUAACUACGAAGAUUGGGACGACGAAAGACUUCAUCACUGCUCAUAGUCAUCUUGUU